AUGAAAUUGUCAAUUGCUGUUCUCACUACCGUUGCUGCUGCCUUGGUUGCUUCUGCUCCAGUCGCCUCAAACGAAACUGCUGCUCCAUCACUUCCAGUUGACAACCCACUUGAACGUGUAGUUGAAGCUUUCUUCAAUGGUCCAUCAAUUGAUUCUGAAGUUGAAAACAAGGUCGAGGAUAAGUCAGUCGCUGAAGCUAAGGAAGCUGCUGGUGCUCAAAAGAGAGAUGCUGAAGCCAAGCCACAUUGGACCACCUAUGGUUACUACGAACCACAGAAGAGAGAUGCUGAAGCCAAACCUCACUGGACCACCUAUGGUUACUACGAACCACAGAAGAGAGAUGCUGAAGCCAAGCCACAUUGGACCACCUAUGGUUACUACGAACCACAGAAGAGAGAUGCUGAAGCCAAACCUCACUGGACUACUUACGGUUACUAUGAACCUCAAAAGAGAGAUGCUGAAGCCAAGCCACAUUGGACCACCUAUGGUUACUAUGAACCACAAAAAUCAUCUCAAAACAAGAAUACUUCUUUCAGAACCAAGUACAAUAUCCAAACCAUGGGGAGCUCUAAAUCAAGAGGAAGAAGAGCUGAAAAGAAAGCGCAGAAAUUGGACAGUACUGACUUUUCAGAACCCAAGAAUGAGUCACAAGCUCAACCAGAGAAUAUCCCCAAUACAUUUUUUGGACUCGUUGACGCAAGUGAAAUUGAUUACUUCAAACAAGCAGAAUCUACCUUGAAUGUUAAUGCAUUUGAGAGUGAAGAAGAUAGAGAAGGAUUUAUUACCUCGGUGUUGGAAGAAGCGCAGGGAAAGGAGUUAAAAUUAGUUACAAAUCAGAUUUGUUCUAAAUUGAUGGAGAGGUUAGUAUUGUUCGCCAACACUCAACAAUUGAAGACCAUUUUUGAAAACCUUUCAAACCAUUUUGUGUCCCUAGCAUUUCAUAAGUAUGCCUCGCAUGUUUUGGAAACCUUGCUUGUGAGAGCAGCAGCAUUGAUUGAAAAAGAGAUUUUGCAAACCGAUGAGGUGAAAUAUGAAGAGGAAGAUGGGGUGGUGAUUGCCGAUCGAAACGACACUAAAAGUGUAGAGACUUUGUUCAUUGCCAUGGUGGAUGAGUUUAAACCUUAUUUAUUGACAAUGAUUGAUCACCAAUAUGCGUCGCAUGUGUUGAGACUUUUGAUCUUGAUUCUCGCUGGGAAAGAGUUACCAUCAACAACUGUGUCAAAUUCUGUUUUGCGAUCAAAAAAGUCAAAGAUUGCUAGAAAGAUGAUUGAAAUCAAGGAUAAUGAAGAUUUCAAUAGAGCAUUCCAAACACCACCUGCAUUCAAAGAAGAACUUCGUCAGUAUUUCCAAGAUUUAACAAAGGACAUGGAUACGAAAAAGGCAAGGGAAUUGAGUAUUCACAAAAUCGCAUCACCCGUAAUGCAACUCGUGAUUCAAUUAGAAGGACUUGUUGAUCGUGAGCGUACAAUGUGGCAUUUGGUCUUUUCCAAACAAGGUGAUGAAAAAGUUUCUGACGAGGAGGCAUUUGUGGAGUAUUUGUUAUCGGAUCCUGUAGGAUCUCACUUUUUCGAAGCCAUAAUCAAGAAUGAUGGUCCAAAGCCACAAUAUAUCGAAAGACUAUACAAACUUUAUAUGAAAGACAGAGUAUUGAAGUUAGCAAGGAGGUCCACCACUGGUGUUUACAUUAUCCAAGCAUUGUUGUUCAAGUUGAAACCGGUAGAGGUGGAGUUCAUUUUGGACCAAAUAAUACCGGAGCUUUCCAACCUUAUUUCCAUUGCUGACAACCAAAAUUUGGACUUGGCUCAAAAGGUUAUCGAUGCAUCAAUUCUGAGAGGAAACUAUUUGAGAGAUGAAAUUAUUACACAAUUGUUCAUCAAAUUUGCUCCCAAUUAUGAUUUUGCAAAUCCACAAACAGACACAUCUACCGAGUUUAUUGAAAAUGUACUACAGUUAACGGGAUCCACAUUGGGAAACACAAGAGGUGACUGGCCGACUGCCGAGGAAAGAAAGAGAGCCUUGUUUUUGGAAAAAUUAAUGGAACUUGAUAGCAGGUUCGUCAUUUGUACGUGGUUGAAUUUCAUUGCCUUGCCAGUGGAAAAGUUUGUGCAAAUGUGUUUUCAUGGGGUGUUUUCACACGUUGUUGAGAACUCCUUGGUUGUUGAUAAAGAGGAAACGAAACAAGUGCAAAUUCUUCGAAAACGAUACCUCAACAUUUUCCAAAACCAAGUUGUUGCCUUGUCAUGCAACUCAUAUGGCUCACAUAUCGUUGACAGAUUGUGGGAUUUCACAGUUUUAUUGCCCAUGUAUAAGGACCGUAUUGCAUCUGAGCUUAUGAGCGAGUCGCAUAAAGUGAAGGAAAGCCAGUAUGGUAAAUUAGUGUGGAAAAACUGGUCAAUGGAGCUUUUUGUGAGAAAGAAGUUUGAUUGGAAAAGGCUCGUGAAGGAACAGGAACAAGAAUUCCAUGGUGGAGAAGAUAUCACCAGAACCAAAAAACCAAUUGAGUUGAAAUUAGAAAGGCUAGCUGAAGAAAAGAGAAUUCAGGCUGAAAGAGCCGAAAGGGCACAAAGUGGAUACAAUAAACGUAAGCUAGAUGAGUUGACUGGUGCUGCAGAAAAGAAGCAAAAAUUGAGGGGAAGAAGACGUGAAUAA